UUUAGGGUGAUUCGAGAUUCAAAUGUGCUUGAAAGGGGGAAAAUGCCAAUAUUGAAAUUGGAAAUAACAGGUGAUUUGCUCCAAAUUACCCUCAGCUCCCCUACUCGAAAGCUGCUUGGAAAGAAUUCUCGAUGCCAACGUUUGUUUAUUACGGAUGAGCAUCACCGAUGCGCGGAUCUCACCGAUGGUUUGUAUAAUUACCACCAGUGGUCACCGAGUACAGUGAGGCCUCCCCAGAAACCACCUGAGCCACAAUUUGUGAUGUCAGUCUCGAAGAAUGCAACCGUCCGAGAGGGAGAUCCGGCCUUUCUGAGCUGCAAAGUCGAUAACCUGGGUGCGUACACCGUGUCCUGGAUCCGGCACAGCGAUUUACACAUUCUAACCGUCGAUCGGUACACGUACACGGCGGACCAGCGUUUUCUGUCGCUCCACAGCAACGACACCGACGAGUGGAUCCUUCACAUCAAGUGGACCGAGCGGAAAGACACCGGCAUCUACGAGUGCCAAGUUUCGACGCUGCCCGUGAAAAGCUUGGCGCUGUAUCUUAUCGUGCUGGAUGAGUCCGAACUGGUUAGGAGACAGGAUGACAUACUGUAUGAUUUACCGGUUCCACCCAGUUUGCCGGAGCCAAAACGGAGCAGCAGCAGCAGCAACAAUAACGUCGAUAUAUACAACAGAAUGUAUUCGGAUAGAGAUUACCCGUACCUGGCCGCCACGACACAGAUACUCGAAGGAACCAUGGUAUACGCGUACAAAGGCGAAAAUUUGAAUUUGACCUGCAUAAUCAAUCACAAUUACGACAGAAGGCCGAGCCAUGUGAUUUGGUAUCAUCAGCACGAUAUUGUUUCAUACGAUUCCCUUCGGAAGCGAGAUAAAUCUCCCAUUAACAGCAUCACUUCGUUCCACCUGAUAAGGGAUGCUGACUUCGAUGACGCCGGCAAUUACACUUGUGCGCCAGAACUCUAUGCCAGUGCCAGCGCCAUCGUUCAAAUCCUGGACGGUGAAGAAACUCAAGACAUAACUAAUUCUGGACCUAACCACCGGCAUAGGACUUUUCCACUGAUUUUGCAAGUAACAGUCAUACUCGGUCUGUGUAUAUUUUAUCAUCACCCAGACACAGCUAGAUGAUAAUACUUUAAAGUGAAUUUUAAUGUCAAAGUUGUAAAUAAUUGAACACAAAAUAAAGAAACGAACUGAAUAA